UCAUUAAUGUUUGAUGCGAUGUUAAAGUAGCAAUUGCUUUAUGAACGGCUGUAUGAAAUAACCUUGUUGUAAAACGAAGUUUUCGAAUUCUCUUCUGGUGUUAUAAAAGGGACUAUGAAAAACUCAGAAACGCAUUGUGUAGUCUUGUUGGUAAUUGUUGCUCAUUUUUUGUCUUCCGUUUAUUCGUCCUCAACGGAUACAGGCAACAAUGGCAUAACGAUUGACUGUGAAUGCAAGAAAACAGACUGUGUUAAUUAUUAUUGCAACUGUCAAACUUACUCAAAUACUACUGGAGAGGCGCGGGAACGUUGUUUCUAUGACAGCAGUACGAAUUCAUGUGUUAAAAAUGAAACUUGUGACAGGAUCGUGACAUGUGAUGAAAGUUGUCAUAAAAAUGCAACUUGUAAAAGGAACGAUUCUGGUCACUAUGCUUGUGUUUGCAAUGAUGGAUUUUGUGGAAGUGGUACACACUGCCAACCAAUAUGCAAUCGUUUCUCAACAGUUUCUUCAGCUGAGUGCAAGUGUCCUUGCCUGAAAAUGGUGUAUUUUUGUAAUGUCAGCUCAACGACCGAUAAAAAAGCUCACAUUAAGGCAAAAGUGAAUGAUGACUUUGUAAAUUGUUUUUGUCAGAUAGGAGCCAUCAAGUUUUCUAGUCGUAAUUAUACGGCUAACGAAAGUGAUGAAAUGGUAAUGGUAAAGAUUGAGGUUGAUGGAUGCGCUGUUUUUCAAGAUAUCGUCGUGAAUGUAACUACACAAGAUCGCUCUGCUAAAAGUGAAGAAGAUUAUAUUCUUAAAACAUUCUCAGUCAAAUUUACUCCAAAUGACAGUGGUCCAAAAAUUGUAAAUAUUUCGUUGAAACAAGACAAUUUGUUAGAAAUGGAUGAGGAUUUCUAUGUCUUGUUGAAUGUGACAGAUGAAAGUGUCCAAAAGAAAACGGAUGCUGUAAAGAUAACUAUAAUCGAUUCCAGCAAUAUAGAUGCCAAUGUUUCUUUUGAAAAAAGCCACUAUGCAUUCCGUGAAGGCGAAAAUGUGUCUGUACCUAUUACGCUAUACGGAAAUAUAACUUUUACUGUGAACGUCAGGAUUAUUUCAAGCUCAGAAACAGCAGUAGAAAAGGUGGAUUACGAAAUCAAAAAUCAGGUGAUAACGUUCCAUCCAGAGAACAGGGAGCAAACCAUCCUAUGCAAUAUUACCAUCAAUGCAGAUGAUUUCGUCGAAAAAAAUGAGACAUUUUUUCUCAAAAUUUCAUCACCAACAGAAAUACUUCAUUUUCCCGAACCUCGCGCUAACAUUACCAUUAUAAAUAAAAAUGUUGCUACAGUGAAGUUUAAGAAAAGUUCUUAUUCAUUUUUUGAAAACAAUAACAGCGUUUCAAUGGAAAUAAUUCUUCAUGGUAAAAUUACGUUCGACAUAACUGUCAAUGUAACUACACAAGAUCACUCUGCUAAAAGUAACGAAGAUUAUAUUCUUAAUACAUCCUCAGUCAAAUUUACUCCAAAUGACAGUGGUCCAAAAUUGUAA